AUGCACCAAACCACACUGUACCAUAUCACACUACACCACAUUGUACCACACCACACCACAACACCACAUCACUCUGUAUCACACUAUAUCACGCAACACCACACCACUCUCCACCACACUUAUCUACACCACACUGCCUCACACCACUCCAUGCCCUUCCACAACACACCACACCACAAUGCACCACACCACACAACACUGCUUCACUCUGCACCACACAACACUGUAUCACACCACGCCAUACCACACUGCAUCACAGCACACCACAAUGCACCACACUGCACCACACCACACCACCCUGCGUCACACCACACCACAUUCCAUCACACUACACCAUCCCACACCACACCAAAUCACACUUUACCACACCACACUGCACUGCAGCACACUACACUUCACCAACACACCACACCAGACCACACCACACCACACCACACCACACAACACCACACCACACCACACUGUGUCACGCCACAUCACAUCACACUACAGUACACCACGCCUCACCACAUCACACCACACCACACCACACUGCACAACAUCACACAACACCACAAUGUACUGCACAAACCACACCACACUGAGACGUCUCCGCUAGUUUUUCUCACCUCCCCAGCUGUUGACUCCAGUCACCCAGCAGCAGUGUACAGGAUAACACAAGCCAACAAGUGCAUCACACACCACACUACACUGCACACCACACACCAGCCAGUCACCCAGCAGCAACACUGUUUGGGAUUACACAGGCCAACAAGCACAUCACACUGCACACCACACACCAGCCAGUCACCCAGCAGCAGUGUACAGGAUAACACAAGCCAACAAGUGCAUCACACACCACACUACACUGCACACCACACACCAGCCAGUCACCCAGCAGCAACACUGUUUGGGAUUACACAGGCCAACAAGCACAUCACACACCACAUCAACAGCCACCAAUAG